AUGAACGCUCCAUGUAUGGUUGAGGGUCGUUGCUUCAAGUCCUAUCCAAAGCCUUAUGAAGAUGUCACAAAAUUUGAUACUUAUGGUUAUGUUCAUUAUAGAAGGCGAUUGACAGGGCAUCAUUUCCUCAAAGGAGGUGUUCCUCUUGACAAUGGUUUCGUCGUUCCGUACAAUGCCAACCUUCUUAGACAUUUUCUCGCCCACAUCAACGUUGAAUAUUGUGGCUGGAGCAUGCUGAUUAAAUAUCUGUUCAAGUAUAUCUCAAAAGGGGCAGAUCGUGUAAAAUUUCAAAUCAGCAAGGAUAGAGGGUCUGCAUCUUCAGAAAAUUCUGAAGAGUCUUCAUCAGUCAUUAAUGAGAUUGAUAACUUUCUUGAUGGUCGUUUUAUUUGUCCUCAUGAGGCAGCAUGGCGCAUUCUCAAUUUUCCUAUACAUCAUAGAUCUCCAGCAGUUCAAAUUCUUGCUGUGCAUCUCGAAAGAAAGCAAACUGUAACUUUUAGAGAUUCACAAAAGGUUUCUAACAUUGUUAGAAAUCCAGCUCUUGCCCGUACCACAUUAACUCAGUGGUUAGCAAAUAAUCGACAUGAGCUGGCUUCCAAUACUCCACGUGAACAAAGUGGCUUGCAUCUGAAGUACACAGAGUACCCAUCUCAAUAUAGUUGGGAUGCAAAUGGCAAAACGUGGAUACGCAGAGCUCAAAAUAGACCUUCUAGCAUCAGCAGGUUAGUGUAUGUUCAUCCAAGCUGCGGCGAGCUCUUCUAUCUUAGGUUGCUUCUAACUCAACAGGUUGGAUGUACUUCAUUUGAAGACAUAAAAACAGUCUCAGGCGUCACAUAUGAUAGCUUUCGACUGGCCUGUGAAAAACUGGGCCUCAUUGGUGACGAUCGCGAAUGGUCAGAAACACUCUCAGAAGCGUCUCACUGGGCAACCUCAUCUGAACUCAGAUCUCUGUUCAUACAUAUGUUAUUAUAUUGUGAAAUCUCAAACCCUCUGGCUUUAUGGACAGAUCAUUGGCAAAAGAUGGGAGAUGAUAUCACCUAUCAUUUAUCGCAUAUUUCAUCUUCGUCUACUCCCAUCACUUCAAGCUGUGACAUCCGUGACUACAUUUUGUAUGAGUUGGAAGUAUUACUAAAGUCCAGCCCUCAAGUACAUUCCCUAUCAGACUUCGGACUACCUCUGCCAAAUGAGGCAUUACUUUCAGCUUUAACAAACCGGCUUCUGCUUAAAGAGAAAACAUACGACAAGGAGACACUAAUUAUCGAACACACAACUCUUCACUCUGCACUAAAUUCUGAACAGCUGCAGAUCUACAACCAUGUUUUGAGAAACCUUGAUAGAUCUUCACAGAUACUCCUAUUCAUUUAUGGCCAUGGAGGCACGGGGAAAACAUUCCUUUGGAAAACAAUCAUUUCUGCCCUUCGAUCUACUGGAAAGAUUGUCUUAGCCGUGGCCGCUUCUGGAAUUGCGUCAUUACUACUACCGGGAGGCAGAACCGCACAUUCUAGAUUCAAAAUUCCAUUAGAGUUAACCGACCAAUCCACUUGCCACAUAAAAAAAAUACCCAACUUUCAAAGCUUCUUCUGGAAACCUAUCUCAUAA